UUUCAAUUUAGGGUUACAAAACCCUAAAACCUCUCUCCGUCACACAGAAUUUCCACAGCGCGUGCACGCCGGCGAGAGAGAACAAGAUGAAAACCAUUCUCUCCUCCGAAACGAUGGACAUCCCCGAAGGGGUGAGCAUCAAGGUGCACGCUAAGCUCAUCGAGGUUGAAGGUCCACGUGGGAAACUGGUUCGUGAUUUCAAGCAUUUGAAUCUCGAUUUUCAGCUUAUUACUGAUGAAAAUGGGAAGAAGAAGCUGAAGGUUGAAGCUUGGUUUGGAUCUAGGAAAACCUCUGCUGCUAUUCGCACUGCUCUUAGUCAUGUCGAUAAUUUGAUCACUGGUGUUACUAAGGGGUAUCGUUACAAGAUGCGAUUUGUGUAUGCUCAUUUUCCGAUUAAUGCUAGUAUCACUAACAGUAAUACUGCUAUCGAGAUUCGUAAUUUCCUUGGCGAAAAGAAGGUAAGGAAAGUGGAUCUCCUUGAAGGAGUUAGUGUUGUUCGAUCUGAAAAGGUUAAGGAUGAGUUGGUUUUGGAUGGAAAUGACAUUGAACUUGUUUCCAGAUCUUGUGCUCUUAUUAACCAGAAAUGCCAUGUUAAGAAGAAAGAUAUCCGGAAGUUCCUUGAUGGUAUCUAUGUUAGCGAGAAGGGGACAAUAGCUGAAGAAUAGAUGGUGGGCAAUUAGGAAAUAUUGAUGGUAGUUUGAUUUUCUCAUUUGCAUGCAUUGUUACUGUUUAGUGAUGAUACUCUGUGAUGGUGUUUAUUAGCUUUUUUUUUGAUUAAUUCACAAUUUUGUGUUAUCAAAGUUAUAUUUUUGGAAGUUAUUUGAAUUUUUUAUUUACCAUUUUAUA